UCGGACAUGGGCGAGUGGACCAUUCUGGAGCGGCUCCUGGAGGCAGCCGUGCAGCAGCAUUCCACCAUGAUUGGCAGGAUACUCCUCACUGUGGUUGUGAUCUUCCGAAUUCUGAUUGUCGCCAUUGUCGGGGAGACGGUCUACGAGGACGAGCAAACCAUGUUCAUGUGCAACACCCUUCAGCCAGGCUGUAACCAGGCCUGCUACGAUAGGGCAUUUCCCAUCUCUCACAUCAGGUACUGGGUCUUCCAGAUCAUUCUGGUGUGCACGCCGAGUCUUUGCUUCAUCACCUAUUCGGUCCACCAGUCAUCCAAACAGAAGGACAAACACUCCACUGUGCUCUGUCCUCCUCUGGACCAGGAAGUCACCAAAACCUCCACAGACCGUAGGGAGAAUAAAAAGUCAAAAAGCAGUCUCAUCAAUGGGAUUCUGGGGCAGAAUACGGAAAGAUCUGGAAAGGCAGUGGAAUCAGACUAUUUGGAGAGUAAAAAAAAUCCUAAUACAUCAGGAUCGAUCCGUAGCAAAAGCAUAAAAGUUCAGCGGCAAGAGGGGAUAUCAAGAUUCUAUAUUAUCCAAGUGGUCUUUAGAAAUGUUUUGGAGAUUGGCUUCUUGGUGGGACAAUAUUUUCUUUAUGGGUUUAAUGUUCCUGCAAUCUUUGAGUGCGAUAGGUAUCCUUGCGUCAAGGAGGUGGAGUGUUAUGUGUCCAGGCCGACAGAAAAGACGGUGUUCUUGGUCUUCAUGUUUGCGGUCAGUGGCAUCUGUGUGGUUCUGAACCUGGCUGAGCUCAACCACCUGGGCUGGAGGAAGAUCAAGGCAGCCAUCAAAGGAGUGCAAGCCAAGAGAAAAUCAGCAGUCGAGGUUAGGAAGAAGGACCCCCCAUUUUUCAGUGGCCAUGAGAGGACCCAAUCCAGUGAAUCUGCAUAUGUCUAA